AUGGAAAAUAUUCUGUUAAGUGAUCUCUUCAAUGGAUAUAACCCACAAAUUAAACCAGUGAAAAAUCACUCUGACGAUGCAUUAGUAGGAGUGCAGUUGAUCCCAUUUCUUAUAAGAAAAGUGGAUGAAAAGUUACAGACAUUUUCUACAUCGCUGUGGGUUGGUUAUUAUUGGAGAGACGAAAACUUACAGUGGAACCCCAAUAAUUACAGUGGAAUAACAGGACUCCGUGUCAAUAUAGAUCAAAUCUGGAUACCAGGAAUAUGUAUCGUAAACGAACUCACUGACCAAAAGUGUUUAAACUUUGACGAAAAGGGAAUGGCUUUUAUAAUGCCUGACGGAUAUGUGUUUUACAACAAACCAAUGGAGAGCACGAUACAGUGUAUACUGGACAUAUCGGCCUAUCCUUUUGACGAACAAGUUUGUACAUACAUUUUUUACCCUUAUUCAACCGUAGCUCAUAACUUUUUGUACAUAGAAAAGGAGACAUAUAUUGUUUUAAGAUAUUUCCAACCAAACGAAGAAUGGGAAGUAAAAUCAACCUCCAAAUCGUUCACUAUAGAUGCCAGUACUCCCGAUUGGCCCGUUCAAACAGCGCGUCUUAGCAUUGUUCUAAAACGUCGCCCUUACUACGUUAUAAUAAACGUAUUUGUUCCGAUUUUCAUUUUGUCCAUCUUAAACCUCAUGACCUUCCUAUUACCAGUAGAAUCAGGAGAAAAGAUGGGAAUGACCUUGGCGAUAUUUCUCACAUUUGCCGUUUUUGUUACCCUCAUCAGUGACUCCAUGCCCAAGUCCUCUGACAACUUGUCAUUUUUCGGUAACUACGUGGCAGGACAGUUGAUCAUAAGUGGAAUAACAAUCGUUUUGGAGACCAUUGUAAUCAAAGUUUAUCUGAAGGAAAGUGCGCCACCAGUUGAGACCGGAAACAAGGACUCUCUCAAUAAACACCAGGAAUGUAAACAACAUGAUCCUGAUCGAUGGAAACGGUUUGCCGAGAAAUUAGAACGAUAUUUUUUUGGUUUUGUUAUUUUCGUUACUUUUUCAGCAGGCUUGUAUUUAGUAUUAGGCUUCACUGUGAUGCGUCGAACAGUCACGCAUUGA